GAGGGUCCCUAUGUGAUGCUGAAGAAGAACCAUGAACUCUAUGAAGGGAACGACCAGUUUGAGGGAUACUGUGUGGACUUGGCCUCAGAGAUCGCAAAACACAUCGGAAUCAAAUACAAGAUCUCCAUCGUACCGGAUGGGAAGUAUGGAGCCAGAGAUCCAGAGACCAAGAUAUGGAACGGCAUGGUGGGAGAGCUUGUUUAUGGGAAAGCAGCAAUUGCUGUGGCCCCGCUGACCAUCACUCUGGUGAGAGAAGAGGUGAUCGACUUCUCGAAGCCCUUCAUGUCUCUGGGAAUCUCCAUCAUGAUCAAAAAGCCCCAGAAGUCUAAACCCGGUGUUUUCUCUUUCCUGGACCCUCUGGCCUAUGAGAUCUGGAUGUGCAUAGUGUUCGCGUACAUUGGAGUCAGUGUUGUGCUGUUUUUGGUGAGUCGCUUCAGUCCGUAUGAGUGGCAUGCAGAGGAACCAGAGGAGGGAACAACAGAGCUUGGCCCCACCGACCAACCUCCCAAUGAGUUUGGCAUCUUCAACUCCCUCUGGUUCUCACUGGGAGCCUUCAUGCAACAGGGCUGCGACAUCUCACCACGGUGA